GUUCAGGAAAUGCGGGCGGUGAGAGCCACUCUUCCCUCCUCCUCAUUUGCGUGGGUGACAGAAUUAUAGAAGCAAAACCAGCCAUGGAUGUCAGCUUGCAAAAUCUAGUCAAUUUGGUUGAAGAUGCAACUGCAAUUUUGCGUGAAGCUUUACCUGUUAAUCCCUACGAAGAGCACCUGUUAGCAAUGUUGGUUUACCACAUUGCUAAAUUCUGCUCUCUCAUUGCUUCAAGAACACCCAAUCCCAGCUGGGUGACUGCUACUCUCCUCAUCUGUUCCACUCUCAUUGCUUUCGAAGCCAUCUUGUGGGUCGUAGCUGAUCACUUCUCGUGGUUUGUCACAACCAAUGCAACUCUGUUAUUCAUAGCAGUGAUAUGCUAUGUUGUGUUCAGCCGAAGGACUCGCCAAAGUUGAUGCUGCUGGUCAUAAGGUUGGUUGGUUCAGACGACAUAAAAUUAUUGAAUAUCACACGUCAUGCAAUGCUAGUUUAUUCAUUUAAAUUUGAUGGAUUCCUUCUUCUUCCUUACAUUUUCAAUUACUAUGUUGUGUUGUGACAAAAAGAAGUAAAGAAAUUGGAUGUUUAUUAUUGUUCUGUUUUUGGUGAGUUUUCUUUUUCUUUAGGGUGUACUGUUUGCCGUUUACACAUUGUUGAAUGAGAAUACUGGUUUCGCCAGCAUGGCUUAUUUUUACCAUCUUUGUCUGAUUGUCUGAUUACUUGAUGCUUUGAUCUUCGUUCUAUGCUAGACAUGGUUAUCAUAUUUGAUGUACCUUGGGAGUUCCAGGUAUUACAUUUCAGUCUAUUUUCAUCCAAAAGCUCACUAAAAUGUGGCCAUUUUUGGUUAUAUGUUCUAGGAAGAUUCUAACUUAAGCUUUAUGGUCAACUUUAAGUUCUCACAUUCUAGCAGAGGAUGCAUGAUAUCUUGUAAAAGAAGCUGACUUCUGUUAAAUAACAAUGUUCUUCAUAUGCAUAGUUAUGAGAUAGUCUGCUGGUUGAGUAUAUAGAAAUGAGGUACAACAGGGUGGUGGAAUGUCGUUAUUUGAUCCAUAUAACUGACCCACCUAGUAGAAUAAGACUUUGCUGCUGUGGUGGUUGUG